AUGGAGAAGCUCUUAAGGUUCUGCAGCGGGAAGAAUGAGUCCCACAGCCACUUCUCAGACCUGCUCAGAGGCUGGGGCUUCGGCCUGCCGAAUAAGCGUUUCGGGAAACUUCACAAGGCAGCUUCAGCUGGGGAUUUGGAGAAACUGAAGGAAUACCUGCAGCUCAAGAAAUACGAUGUGAACACGCAGGACGAAGAUCUCAGAACACCCUUGCACCUGGCCUGUGCUAAUGGAUAUACAAACAUCGUAUCUCUUCUAAUUGAGAAAAAAUGCAAAAUAAAUGUCCAGGAUAGUGAAAACAGAUCCCCACUGAUUAAGGCAGUACAGUAUCAAAACGAGAAUUGUGCUACUGUUCUUUUAUAUCAUGGAGCAGACCCAAAUCUGCUAGAUAUUCAUUACAAUACCGCUCUUCAUUAUGCUGUUUGUGGUCACAGUGUCUCAUUAGUUGAAAAGUUGCUUAAACACAAAGCUAAUCUUGAAGCUAAAAAUAAGGAUGGGUAUACUCCACUAUUACUUGCUGUUUCUGAAAAUAAGGCAGAAAUGGCAGAAUUUCUUCUGGAGAAAGGGGCAGAUGUGAAUACUUCAGAUAAGAAUCAAAGAACAGCCCUUAUGAUUUCUCUCAGUGAGGAACCAACAAGUAUAGUAAGCCAUCUUCUUCAGUAUGAUGUGGAUCUAUCUUGCCAAGAUAUUUAUGGAUUUACAGCUGCGGAAUAUGCUUCUUUUAAUGGUUUUACCAUAUAUCAUCAAUUAAUGGCUAACAAUGGAAAGGAGAAUAAAGUUAAGCAGAAGUGCUUCUCUGAAGAUAAAACUUUUGGCACUAAGUCAUGGAAGAACUCAGGAAAGCUAAACAGAUUAAACUGUGUGUCCUGAUUUCCAAAGAUUGGCUACUCCUGGGCAAAGAGGAAGAAGAACA